UACACAGGCAGAGGAACACAAACAUGCACAUGGACAAGAGAGCUGAAAAGCAAAAAGCAGCCUGGGAAUGAGACGGGGAAAGAGAUACCCAGAUAAACAAAAAGAGAAAGAGAAAUUAGAGAGAACAGAUGAGGAUCAUUUGUUCCAGACAGAAAUGGAUAGAUAAAGGUUUGUGCAGUUUAAGACAGGACCUCAGGAUGAGCCCAGACACCAGCUUGACAAGCAAGAAGAUGUCACCGAAGAAGCAAACGGAGAUAAAAGUUUUGGAGUAAAUGGUGUAAAUGAUGCUCAGGAAGAGACUGUAAGAUUAGUGCUUUUGUGUGGGUCACAAGCCAAAGAGAGGAUGAGGGCCUCUGAGCUCUGUGCUGGUUAAGGAGCUUAAGCUUCAUGUCAGGAGGUGGGGUUUUAAUGAUAUGGCUCGCUAUAUGUUCUGCUGGGGAGGCGGGACCUUGGAUGAUCGCUACCUGUAUGCUCCUUUGCCAGAUGUUUAUCGUGGGCCUAAGACGUGUAUCCUGGUCAGGGUUACCAUGGAUCCAGAGACUGUCGCGGGAACACUGGCUACAAGUGAGAGAGGAUCAGGACUUGUCUCACAAUCUGACCACGAGGUGGCACAGCGCUUGGCACUGGGCAGCAAUGACAACAUUGCCAAUGGUAGCAAGGCUGACCUACAGGCUGCCAAACUGCUAGCCAAACGCCUCUACAACCUCGAUGGUUUCAGGAGAUCAGACAUUGCAAGGCAUCUGAGCAAAAAUAAUGAUUUCAGUUGGAUGGUAGCAGAGGAGUACCUAGGUUAUUUCAACUUUGCAGGCAUGAGGGUUGAUCAGGCUCUGAGAGUUUUCCUGAGAGAGUUUACUCUUAUAGGGGAGACGCAGGAAAGGGAACGAGUGCUGUCCCAUUUCUCCAGAAGGUACCUCCAGUGCAACCCCCACACUAUACCAAAUGAAGACAGCGUUCACACUCUGACCUGCGCUCUCAUGCUGCUCAACACAGACCUCCAUGGCCAGAACGUGGGGAAGAGGAUGUCAUGUGUUCAGUUUAUAGGCAACCUGGGGGGGUUAAAUGAUGGGCAGGAUUUUCCCAAAGAUCUGCUCAAGGCACUCUAUAACUCCAUCAAGAAUGAGAAGCUGCAGUGGACCAUCGAUGAAGAGGAUGUGCGCAAGUCUGUGUCGGAGCUGACGGAAAGCAGGACAGACUCUGCGUCCCACACUCUAAAGAGGAUUACAAGUGGUGGGGCCCCUCUAGUGUCUCUGGCUCAGCAGUCCAAUGCUCAGGUCUACAAGAAGGGCUUCCUUGUGCGCAAAGUUCACGCCGACCAGGAUGGCAAGAGGACACCUCGAGGCAAACGAGGUUGGAAGACAUUUUAUGCCAUCCUGAAAGGGCUGGUGCUUUAUUUGCAAAAGAGUGAAUACAGCACUCAUAAGCAACUGUCUGAGGAGGAUCUGAAAAAUUCCGUGUCCAUCCACCACUCUCUGGCCAUGAAGGCAGCCGACUACAGCAAGCGACCCAACGUGUUUUACCUGCGUACUGCUGACUGGAGGGUCUUCCUCUUUCAGGCCCCCAAUGCGGAGCAGAUGCAGUCCUGGAUCACGCGCAUCAACACAGUGGCAGCUAUGUUCUCAGCCCCUCCCUUUCCAGCAGCCAUCGGCUCACAGAAGAAGUUUAGUCGGCCUCUUCUACCGGGCUCUACCACCAAGUUGGCCCAGGAGGAGCAAGCGAAAUCUCAUGAAAUGCGCUUCAGAUCAGUCUCUUCUGAGCUACACGAGCUCCGCUCUGUUCCUCAGGAACGGAAGCCCAAAGGGAAGGAGCAGGAAGAGGCCAAGCAGCGGGAGGAGUACUUGGAGUUUGAGAAAACCCGCUUUGGGACCUACGCCAUGUUACUGAGAGCGAAGAUUCGCACGGGUGAGUCGGAUCUGGCGGCGUUCGAGGCUCGUUUGUUUAUCGAUGGCACACUGCAGAGGACCAGCUCCAGCCCCACGCUGGCACAGGACACCAGCCACGCCAGCGCCAGCAGCUGCAGUUCCAGAAGUAAGAAGAGCAGCCGAAGCGAAAGCCAGAGACACAAGCCAGCAGUGAAACAGUGAAUCCACUAUCCAGGGCACUUGAUGGCUGCUUUAUGGUGCUUCUGAUCCAGACUGAAGGGCUGAAAAGAGCAUCGAUAUGAGGAAAAAAUAUGGCAGUUUGUGCACUACACUGCAGUGGCGGCACACGUGGUGCACUCAGAGCUCGAGCAGCGCUGGAGGAUGCCACCAAAAGUCGAGAUCGAAGCUGGGUAUGAUUGAUCACCUCGCUUCCUCACGAAAGCAUGUUUUUGUGGCCGGCGAAUGCUAAACUGGCCUACAGGGGGCAGAUGAGUGUGAAUAUAGCCAUCCUCACUUUAUCUUUCUUGCCUUUUUAGCCUGCUUUCUACUUCUCUAAGCUCGACCUAUAUGCUGUAUAGAAGGCAUAGACUACUUAAAGUUUUUGUGCAUCUUUUUAACAACAACAUGUCCCCACUAAAGCCACGUACCAGACUGUCCACCACAAUGAAGAUUUUUUUGGAGACAAAAAUCUGAGCCUCUUUGUUACCCUAAAUGGUAGCACAUGCAUUACCACAACAGCAAAUUACUUUCUUUUUUUUUUUUAAUUACUAAAUUUUUUUCUUUUUUCUUGCUUGAACACAGCUUUAGAUAGGAUGAUGUAUAGAAUUUUUCGAAAUCAUGUUUCGAGCAUGCUUGUGAUGUAAAGACAAUCAGUUCCCAAUUUGCAUUCCCAGUGUAUCCUUUGUACAUUUUUUUUUUGUGAAAGCACAUUACAGCUGGCAAAAAUUUAAAGAUUAGAGCCAUCUAAUUCCUAAUCUCAUCUAGGAAUCCCCGCAGGUCCACCAAGCACAGACGAGGGGUUCAUGAUUGUUGUUUUUUUAGCUCGUUACAAUUGAUAUUUGUAGAGUUAUUAACCUGUUUGAUGAGCCACUUGAAUUUAUGAUUAUAAUCCAAACAUUUGUAAAAAAAAAAAAAAAAAAAAAAAAAAACAUAGGCAGGAACCCAAUGACACAAAAAUAGCCAAAAUAUGAUCUAUUAUGCUGGAUUAUGUUUUUGUAAAAUAAAUCUGUGCUAACAAUGUUAUCAUAUUUCAUUCACGGUGAAUUUAAAACAGAUGUUAAAUGUUUUAGCGCCCCUGGUUUAGAGAAAGGGGUGUGGUGUGCACAUAUAUAGCAGGUGACACCAGCAACCUUUGCUUCAGUGUUAAUGUGAGAAUCGUGCAUCGUGUGUCCAUACUGUGACUGUGGACGGCUGAUAAACACAGAUAAGAUCGUGAAAAAAAAAAAGGGAAAUAAUUUUGAACUGCUGACCUUGUUGUGUGUCAAAGACUUUUCCUUCUCAGGCUCCCAUUUUCAAGUACUUCAGUGCACAGAGCACAUUCCUUCUGCCAGAAGGGGGCAGUAGAGGAAGGAUAACCUGUAUUACCUCAUCUGUAUUGGAGAACAAUUAUUUAUAUUGCGCUUCAUGAGAAUAAUAGCACAGGUAUCAAGGCAGACACUUAUGUGACUGAAUGUCUGUGAAGGAUUUCUAAAUACAAUAAUGUCCUUUUAUCAUAGCAGGAAAUAAAGAAUCCAAAAUAUUGUAAAAUUGUGUAACCAGACAGAUCACAAAAAGCAAAAAUGACUGUUAGAGCUGCAAUCUUGUCAAUGAGAAAUGAUAGGCAGUGGAUAAAUUAAAGUGCAAACACAGCGGCUUUGUUAUACUCAAGGAAUUUUGCUGGCGUGGUUUGAGUCCACUUCUGUGCAAAAAGCAAAAAGCAAAAAAAAAAAAAAAAAGUCACCUCAAAAGUUUUUCCAACCUUUUUUUAUUUCAUUUCAUUUUAUUUUAUGGUGAAACUUUUCUAUCCUGAUGGAAGCGGUCUCUUCCAGGUUGACUUCAUCACUUCCCCAGGGCACAAAGGCUGACUGUAUGGAUCCAUGAGGAUGAAAUGAAAGGAAAUGUUAUACUAUGUUAUUAUUCACGCUCACCGGAUCUCAACCCAACUAACACCCGCGUAAGAAUUUGGAGCCGGGUGUUAUGUACAAUUUUUGUAUUUUGGAAAAAUAGAGAUCCUCCAGGACAGUUCCAGAGACGUGUGUGCCAGGAUACAGUGUUGGCGCAGCUCAAGGUGGCUCAGCAUCUUCUGAAAAAACACGUCCCUUUAAUUUGUCCCCCAUCUGUGUUAUUUCCAACUUCAUACACAUCAGACCUAAAUCAAUCUAUAGCACUUAAGUCGUGAUGCCCCGCUGCACUUUGGGUAAUAUUUGUGCAGGCUUUAUUGAAUGACAUGAGAUCUAUUUAUAUAUCGUGGAGAUUUAUAAUUCCUGUUAUGUGUUUAUGAUUAAAAAAAAAAGUUUUCAGUGUUUUUACAGCGAACACUGAGCAGUUUGUUGACACCCCAGUGGUCUACUGUAUGUUUCAAUAGUUCUGUUAAUUCAGUGUUUGCUUGUAGUUUUACAUAUUGUAUUAUGUUUCCACUGCUCAGUAAUAAAACUAUAAUGCUCUA